AGCUGGGAGAAGUUGGCACAGAGAUUUGUUCAUUACCAGCAAAAUGGCUUUUCAUUCCUUCCUGCUCCUUUGCCUUGCUGGACUGGUGUUUGUGUCUGAAGCUGCACCUGUGAUCCAUGGAGGUGAGGAUUCCAAGUGCCCUCUGAUGGUUAAAGUUCUCGAUGCAGUCCGAGGAAGACCAGCAGCCAAUGUGGAUGUGAAAGUGUUCAAAAAAACUGAGGAGCAAACUUGGGAGCUCUUUGCAGCUGGGAAAACCAAUGACAAUGGAGAGAUCCAUGAACUCACAAGUGAUGACAAAUUUGGAGAGGGUUUAUACAAGGUGGAAUUUGACACUAUCUCCUAUUGGAAAGCCCUUGGUGUUUCCCCAUUCCAUGAGUAUGCAGAUGUGGUGUUCACCGCCAAUGAUGCUGGUCAUCGUCAUUACACCAUUGCUGCCCAACUGAGUCCAUAUUCCUUUUCAACCACAGCUAUAGUCAGCAACCCAAAGGAGUAAACAAAUGUCAUUUUUCUCUGUGGCAACAGCCAUUAACAGAGGUUUGGCAGGGGAGAAAGGACCACCUUUUAUGGAGUUAAUAGUAUCACAUUUUUCCACAAAGCAGUGUUUUCACUUUGUUAUUAACUUGGGCAGAGUCAAUAAACCAUUCUUGCUAAAGCA